AAAACAUCGCUUCUAUAUAUAAAUAUAAAAUGUGUUAAUUGUAUUGAACUUCAGAUCUCUCAUCCCUUUCAUUGUUUCUUGUGCCUAAUCAAAUAAACAUUUCAAAUUCAAUUUUUGAACUGAUUCUAUUUGAUUUGGGGGGGGUAUUAAAUUUUCCGAACUUCUCUACCUGCCAAAUAAUAACAAAAUAAUAUUUUGAAUAAAAUAAUAUUUUAGUCACGUGUUUUGACCGCGUGACUAUAUUCACCUGACUACCGUAAUGACCUUUUCUAUUCUACUAUUCUCGUUAUAGAUUGGCAGUAUGCAGUUCUGCGAUUAUGCCUAUGUCACAAUGAUUGAUUGUUUUAUCAUACUUAUCUUUUAAAAAUACAAUUAACUACUUUAAAAUAAUAUACAAGUGGUUAUGUCUGACUUUCAGGCAAGUGAUACAUUUCUUUCACGGGUAUUUGGACUCCAUUCCGUGUAUAAUCAAAUAAACGAUAAUUAUCAAUACUAUGAUGAUGAAGAAGAGCAAACAAAUGGAGCAUAUGAUAGUCCUAGAAAAGGAGGUAAUCCGAAUUUACUUGAUUCGGAAAGUGACCUGGAUUCUGAAUUUGGAGACGGAGAUGGAGAAGAUUCUCAAUUCCAUAAUGACAGUAUUGACCCCUUUAGAACAGCUGGUUCUGUUCGAGAAUUCAAUCAGACAAAAUCAAUGGGGCAAAAGGAUUUUGGGGUAAAGAGCGUAUCAUUCCCAAAGGAAAUUUCUUCAGGUAACCGGGCUUUUAUCAAUGAAGAUGCUGAGGCUGGUCCUCUGUAUACUGCACCUAAUCAACGUCAACAACAGCAGCCUCCACAACAGUCUCAACGGAAACCUGCAAGUCCUCCUCCCAAUAUUGGAGCUGUGGCGUUUGAAUUACCUUUGUACCAUAAAAAGCCAGCUCCAGAACAAAACAAUCCUUCAUUACAAACUAUUUAUCAACGGAAGAAUCGAAGCUUUGUGAUCCCCCCGAAGGAAAGAGCACUUUAUCUUUGGGCCAACAUCACCAAUAUGGAUGAAUUUCUCAAUGAUAUCUAUUACUACUAUCGAGGCAAUGGAUAUCUCAAUAUUGCCAUGACUAGAAUCGUUGAUCUUUUCACCCUUGUAUUUGUACUUGGAUUUACAAUCUUUUUAAAGUAUGGAAUUGAUUAUGAUUUGUUUUUAAAUCGAACUAAUCCAUUAACUUUAAAAGAUCUCAUUAAACCAUCAUUUGAUAUUCCUCUUACAGUUAAAUUUCUACUCUUUGGAUUUACAUGCUAUAUCAUCUUGAGAUUAGUCCAACUUUAUUUUGAUUUAUCAUAUAAACUCAAAGAAAUUAGGAAUUUCUACAAACAUUUGAUCAAUAUACCAGAUGAUAAUGAACUCAUGACUAUAUCAUGGUCAACCAUUGUAGAACGGUUAAUGCUUCUCAAAGAUUAUAAUGGGUUGACGACAACUAACGAUCCACAUUACUUGAAUGAUCUUAGUUCCAAAGUAAGAUUAGAUGCUCAUGAUAUUGCCAAUAGAAUUAUGAGAAAGGAAAAUUAUAUGAUUGGAUUAAUUAAUAAGAAUGUUCUUGAUCUUUCAAUUAAAAUUCCAUUAAUUAAUUAUCAAAUUAAUCCAUUAACUAGAACUUUAGAAUGGAAUCUACAAUUAUGUAUUAAUAACUUUGUUUUCAACAAACAUGGUCAAAUCAAUGGGAAUAUAUUGAAAGAAGUCAAUCGAAAUAAAUUAGCAGCUGAACUUCGCUCUAGAUUUCAAAUGUCUGCCAUUAUUAAUUUAAUUUUAUGUCCAUUCAUUGUCACAUAUUUUGUCUUACUUUAUUUUUUCAAGUAUUUCAAUGAAUAUAAAACCAACCCGGGAUCCAUAUUUGGAUUAAGGCAAUAUACACCGUUGGCAGAAUGGAAACUUCGGGAAUUUAAUGAAUUGCAACAUUUCUUCAUGAAAAGAUUACAAUUAUCUAUUGGUCCCGCCAAUACAUAUAUCAAUCAAUUCCCCAGAGGUUUUUUAACGUAUAAUUUAAUGAAACUAGUCAACUUCGUCUCUGGUUCAUUUAUGGCUAUCUUGGUAAUUUAUGGGUUAUGGUUUGAUGAUGAAGAACAUAGUUUUUGGUCAUUUGAAUUAACUGAAAAUAAAUCAAGUUUAUUUUACAUCAGUAUAUUUGGUACUAUAUGGGCAGUUACGAAUAAUGCAACCAAUUCUGUACCUAAUGAGGAUUCACAUACUUCAUUUUUCUAUGAUCCAGAAGCAAGUCUUCGAUAUGUUUCUCAAUUCACUCAUUACUUACCAAGUUCAUGGAAUGGGAAGUUACAUACAGUUGAAGUUAAAAAUGAAUUUUGUGAAUUAUUUAAUCUUAAAAUUGUGACCAUAUUGAAUGAAUUAAUGAGUUUAGUAUUGACUCCUUUCAUUCUUUGGUUUAACAUUUCAAAUGUUUCAUCGUUAAUAAUAGAUUUUUACCGGGAUUAUUCAAUUCAUGUUGAUGGAUUAGGAUAUGUUUGUUACUAUGCCAUGUUCAAUUUUGAAGAAAAGGAUAAGAAUAUGAUGUUUGAUUUGAAUAAAAGAAAAAGGUCUAGUACAAAAAGAACGAGUAAACAUCGUGAUGGUGCUACAAAUGAAGUGGAACUUGAUCUCUUAAAGAAACGUAAAGCUAAGGCUAAAAAGAGUGAUGGUGAAAGUUCCGAAUCUGAAGGAGAUGACGAUCAAGAUCUUAAAUAUGAUUCAUAUCAAGAUGAAAAGAUGAUUAAAUCUUAUAUGUAUUUCUUGGAAAGUUAUGAUGAUAAAAAGAGGAAAGUUAAACCAAACCAACAUCAGAGCCAGUAUCAAAAUCAAUAUACUGGUAAUUCAGAUGCUGGUACAUCCCCUAAAUCAAAUACACAUCGGAAACGUAAAGCGAAGAUGGUUCAUGAAGAACCUAAAUUGCUGCUGCUGCAUCUUCAAUCGUUGGGACCAGAGAUGAUGGAAUCGAUGUAUAAUAUCAAUUACAAAUUCGAUGAUUCAGAUGAACCCCAAACACAGAAAUCAGGUGUUCUUGGUAUGCUUAACCAAUUCUACAAGCAUUCGGAUAUAGGUAGAUAGAAAUUGCAAUUAAUAACA